UAGCAGGCAUUAUAGUGCUUUAUUUUAUAACACUUUAUUCAGCCCACCCUGUAGAAGGAUCCCUAAUAGCGCGAUCUAUUAACGUGUAAAAGCCCAUUAAAAUCAAAGCUCUCCUUAUCAAUGGAGCAAUCACUGUCCAGACCACUCUACUUUACAAUAUCCUGAAAUAAAAUCACUAAACUUCAUUUCUAAAUAAUUUCAAUGAAGGUCGAAGGGGAAAAAGAGCUAACGAUUCGAGUAAUCAUCAUCAUCAUCAUCCUCGCAAGAGGGAUAGAUAAAAACCCGUAGGUUGACGGGUUGCAGGGUAUUAUGGGCAGCGGUAAUACCGCGAGGUGGCGCCAUCUAGGCGGAGAAAUAACUGCAAGAGUGGCUAGCAGUUCGCAGGCGCAUUUCCCGGUGCAUUCUCUGAUUUCAGCCGGACCGAGAAGCGUCAUUCCUUCCCCGUGAUCCGUCGAUGGUAGAACCACUCUUUCUUCUCUUCGCACACCCUUUCUCGUCCUUUUUCCUCGUCGAGUGAAACGUGUGCAGUUGCUUACCAAACGGCAGUCAUCAUCUUUGUAACAGCAACAAGCUUCUUCGAUUUAGUUUUCUUCUUUCCUAUCCAUCUGUCUCGCUCUGUCUCAUUCCUUUCCCCACUCUUCAAGUUCUCCUUCCGUUGGUCGACGUUGACCGAUAAGCGAAGCGUUCCACCACUGUCAGGGUCGAAGAAAGAAGAGGUCGGGGUCCGUGCCAGCUGUUCGCGAGCUCGUGUCCGCUAUUCAACCCGUUCUUGAACUUCGCUCUUCUUGGUCCCUGAUCAUCCACGGACGACACGGUGUCUGGGGCACGGGAUUCCUUGCUGUUCACCAUGUCGCUCAUCGCCGGCUGCUUCCGACGACUGACCGACGCGCCAACCAGAACCGAGUUGAAAGGGUACAAGGUAACGGACGUGAACCGUACACGAAAAUUCGGCGUCGCCUGUAGGAGCCUUCAGGAGCUGAAACGGAAAGCCUGCGCUAAAUUAAACGUGACGAACGAUCUUGCCGAAGUCAACGUUUUCUUGCUAGACGGUUCACUGAUCGACGAAGAGUACUUUUCCACGCUCGAACCUCAGACAACGCUCAUUAUACAGAAGCCUGGUGAGAAGGUUUUAACAGAUGCGGACCUGCUGUACGAUACCUUGAGGCGAGUCAACAUCGAUUUCUUGACUGCCGGUAUCAAGGCGUCCGAGUUCCUCACAGAGCACCUUAAAACCAAGGUCGCUGUUCUAAAUAACGCGUUGAACAAAGACGACUCGAAGACGACGUUCAGCACGAAAGACGAGCAUCCGGAAUGGUUCCGCGGCUUGGAAACCAACUGCACAACCAAAGAAGCGUACAUGCAUCGCAAGUGUCAAGACAGGGUACGCGGCUACCUUUACAAAACGAUCGAUCAGAUCAAAUCAUCGGAGACGUUUGCAAAGGAUCCUCGAGCUAGGAAACAGCUGUUGUACGCGAUAUCUUUCUUUAAAAUGCAGUUGAAAGAGGACCACUAUUUUGGCUACUAUUUCGAUAGAACUCGAGCUAAGAUGGAGUCAUUGAAUAGUGUUGACGAAAGUGAUUCCUCGGUUUGCUACGACCAUUGUCCCUGUAGGCUGAACUGUUUAGACGGCAGCACGUACUUCCGUUUAUUCGGAACAAUGAAUCAAUCCUGCGUGGAUGGCGCGAGAAAGAAGGGUACGCAAACGGAUUCAAAAUCCGACGAGGAACAGGAAGCGGAGAACAAUUGUCCUUACACUGUUAAAAGGAAUGACAGGGUGUCUUGUGUAGCGAUGUGCGAUCGCAAGGGUGAAUUUAGGUGCUGCGGUAUUUGGAACGCGGAGAAGUGUUCGUACGGGGACAGACACAAAAUCAACCCUUACAGAUCGAGGGAAGAGCUUAUACUGUUUUCUACGUGGAAUUUCGAUCAUAAGAUCGAGAGAUCCAGAACCUUGAUACCGCUGCUUUUGAAGUUGUCAUCGCAAGGAAUAGCCAACGAGACGGACAUCCUCGAUAUCUAUGACAAUCUUUUCACUCUAAAGAAUUUGAGGCUGGUGCACAUCGUGUGCCACGAUAAGGGCUCGCACAAAUAAUUUAAUCUAAUUUCAGGCUAAUUUGUUGGGAAGGUGAUAAGAUACGUAGAACGAGCUCUGAACGUAAAUCUAACUGUUCGUAUGAAAACGUACCUACCUACUUGUAAACUGCUGUUGAUAGUUGAUAGAUUUAAACGUUUAUUAAUGUCGUAUCCGAUCGUAAUUCCGUUGCGCCGCAAAAAUCACAAGCAAUAACGAUCGACGAACUAUUUUCUUCUGGCUGGUAGAUCGUAAGUCAUCUUUCCUAGACUACAAUCUUGAGACUUAAUAACGAUACUGCACUAAUGAUUUUUUAAACGUUUAUCUUAUUACCUAACGAUAAAUCUGACUAUAUGCACCGUAACAGUGAAUGUAAAGUAAAAAGAUCACACGAAUUUCUUGAUCUGUUGUUACACUCCUGGUAAGAAUGGUAGCCGUCGAUAAUAUAAACACAGACUUUUAGAGAAUCAUAAACGACAACUUUUUUAACACAUUUUUAACGACUUCUUUACGUAUAACUAUCGAUAUUGUAAACUUUCUAUUGAAAUCUCGCUGAGUACAGCGAAACGAUGUUUAUUCUUCUUCGUGCACAAACAAAAAGGGGACCUCCCUCGCGAGGGAGCCUUGAUUUAUCGUACAGGGUUGGGCGCAAUGGAAUAAUCACGGAUCUAAAGAGAAUUUAUUGAAACGAGUCGAAUAUGCUCGUUGAAAGGACUGUUGCUUAAUUGCUUGGAAUUUUGCAAGAAAGUGAUCUGAAAUCAAAAAGACAGUCCUCACUUUUGGACGGGUUAGAGAUUAUCUUUAGAAAGUGUACUCUCUAGGAUUCGAGUAUCUUUCGAAUAUUUUUCAUUCGACUGGUCGAUCAAUGACAAAACCGAAGUUCUGAUAUACAUAUACAUAUAUUAUACAUAUUCGUUACUAAAUUUAGAAGAUAUAUAUAUAUAUAUAUAUAUAUAUACUACACAUAUAUUUGUAUGGGCCCGUGUACAUGAUAAAACCAUUGUACAUCACAGAUCAAUACUUAACAAUAAAAGAGUAGCAACAAUGUUACAAUAAAUUUUUUGCUGUAGCUUGGCAAAUAAAUAAAAUAAAUUUCAGGAAACAAUUUGUUUGCCUUAAACAAUUCAAAUAUUAUAAAUAUGUUCAGGAUAUUGAAUAUUGAUCUGUGAUAUACAACUGGUUCAUCCUAUACACGUAUACAUACGAAAUAUGAAUAUGAAAAAUGAUAAAAACAUUUUAGAGUCCUGUGUGAUAUACCCGAAGCGGUGCUUCUUCCGGACAAAUAAAAAGCACGAGGCAAAUCAAACGGAAGGAUUCGAUUCGAAUUGUAUCUUUUUGAUAAUUCUUCUUUUGAUAUGAUUUCCACUACUUGUUUCAUCAGGAAACAAAAGUAUCGUCAAUUCGAAUCACUCUUUUUAUAAAAUCCGAAUCGAUGACGAUGAUAAAUAACGGGGAAUAAUUACGGCUAAUGAUUUAGUGAAUUUCAGUUGAAAUAUCGCCAGUGUUCUGUUCGAUGUUUGGUUGGUGCGAUUUCUUCGUCACGAACGUGUCGAAAAUUGCUGGGCUGUAGAUUUCUUUGUACACGCGAACAAGUCGUUUCUUGUCUUUGACGAGUCGUCGAGUUGCUGCUAUUUCGUAUACAAAGUAUGUAUGUAGUAUGCAAGAUUUUCGUGCUUUAGUUUGCAAGCUUUGUUACAUUUAUUUUUCAAAAAAAGUAACAUGAAAUUGUUCAAGUGAAACAGUGGAAUCAAUAAUUUCACAAAGAAUAUUAGUUUCGUUUCAAAAUUUUCAGUAUAUGUACUCCACGGAAAAACCUCAGAGCUUUAUUGAUUUUUAAUGCUCAGUUCGAAGUUACUUUAAUUAAAUAAAGUUAGUCAACUCUAACAACUCGAAACACUCGUAAAUAAAAUUCACUCGUGUGUCGAAAUGUAAUAUAUAUUAUAAGGGUGUCUUUGAAAUGGAGUUACAACAUUUAUAAACGUUAAAAAAGGUUUUGAUUGAUGGAAAAAACGUCAGUAAACGUCAUGAUAACCUUUCAAAGAUACUCUGCAUAUUAUCGUGAUAAGCUCGAACCAAAACAGAAAAGAAUAUUUUUGUGAAAAAUACCGCGUCCAAAGAAACCUGAUAAUGUAUCUCGAUCGACGCGCCACGCAAAGUAAAACUUAAGAAAAAAGAAAUUGCAAUACAUCUUCGUAGGCUAUAUGUAAGCAUACUUAUUUUUCAAUGUAAAACGACUGUGUAGCACUACUCUAGGCAAAUAUACAUCUAUUUUAGGUACGAGAGAUUGAGAGAGAAAGAGA